CAAAAAUGCUACACCAAAGACAAGCAUCGUGGUAUAUAGCAACUCUCAGUCUACCCUUUACCAGAGACAAACCUAAUUGCCAGUAAUUAAAGAAAAUGGAGUCGUUUGAGCGAAUGUUUCAGCGCAUAAAGGAUCAAUACUUCCAACAAAUUCCCAUGACAUCGUUCAAAUGGACAAUGUAUGAGACUGCUGAGGACUAUUCCCUUCUUACGAGUUCUCGGAUGCAGGAAGAAAUUGCGAAAAUAGUUUCACCUUCUAAAUAUUGCCGCAUAUUCUUAAAAACAUACCUCACUUUCCUUGAAUUAUACACUCCGGAAGACACAGAAGUCAAUGAAGCGAUCUUGAACGCGCAUAUUGAGUCUCUCUCUUGCGAGACUAAUCCUCCAGUCGUGUACACGCUUGGCGACUACAAUGUAAAGAUCAAUGAAGAUAAGAAUGUACUGGUUAAAGACGGAACUACUGGUCUUCGCACUUGGGAGGCCUCAAUGGCACUUGCUGAGUACCUCUACAAACACCCCGUUCAAUCUGGCUCUAAAAUUGUCGAACUUGGUGCAGGAACUGGACUUGUAAGUAUUUUGUGUGCCAAGAUGGGCGCCUCCGUUUUGGCUACAGAUGGUGAUGAGCGCGUUUGCAAUGAUCUGCAACGUAACGCUGAGUUAAAUGAUUGCAAACUGACGGUUGAACGUCUUACCUGGGGAAAGGACAUGAUCGGUUAUGCCGACGCUGUAAUCGCCGCUGAUGUUACAUACGAGGGAGAUUUGUCGAUGCUUGUUCGUACCAUUGAGUCUGCUUUUGAUAAAAAUCCUCAGUGCAAAGUCAUCUUGGCAGCAACGAUCCGUCGACAAAUUACGUUUGAUCGCUUCCUUAAGCUCAUCAGCCACCUGAAAAUUCAAGAUGUUCCUCAAAUUGACAUUCCUCGCCUUCUUUACUAUGAUGGUCCUCCUGUUCGUAUUGUCGUUAUCACUCGCCCUAACAAAACCACUAUUUAAGUUCUGUCUUUGUUAAGGCAAUAUUACCCGACAAUCCUGUUUUAAGUACUCGUAUUCCCUAGCGCACCUUUUGCGGAGGAUCAUCUUCAAAAACGAUUAUCAUCGGAGCAUAAUGGAGGAAAAUACCUUUCUUAACUGCGCGCCUAAUUUUCAGAGUAUAUCUAAACGCUCAUUAUCUCUUUCUAUCUUCUUUCUUCUAACUAUAGUACGCGAGACGUAGCUCGUUAUUCAUUUAUUUUUUUCACAUUUACAGUUUGUUUGCUCUUUCCUGCUCUUUCCUUCGACACUUGGGAAAAUAAGUCUCAAUUGUUUUACAGUACAUGAAACUAAAUCAAUUACACGAAUACGACUCCUCCACAAGUCGAAACUAUUUUCCUAUAUUAAUUGUAUGAGAUCGAAGCCUGGAAAAUAAAUAGGCAGUUUUUUCUUUCUUUUUUAAAACGAGAAAUACACGAUUUUUUUAAAGUUUUUAGACAGGUUAAAAGAACUCUCGCGCUUUCACAGACGCUUUUAUAAAACAAAGGUAUGACGCAGAUUUAAAGACAUCCAAUGUUAUCAUUGUUGCUUGUGAGCGUACAUAUAUGAGAGAAUCGAAAGUAAGCCUGUUCUAAGCUUCAUCCAUCUGAAACUGUGUUUCGUCAUCAGCUUGCUGUUCAUAAUUUUCACUUGGUAUAGUAAACAAGGAAUUUUUCCCAGCAGUAUUACUACCGCCUUUUGCUAAUGAAU